UGUCAAAUUUUCACAAAUUUCACAAUGACAAAUUGAUUCAGCCAGCUGUGUGAUUUCUAAAAAUUGCGUCUUAUUUAUAUUGUAAUUGUCUUCUUGGACUUUGUUUACCCUUAUUAUUCACAGUAUUUUCGUGUAGUUACGAGAAACAGUCGUGAAAAUGGCAUACGCCUACUUGUUCAAAUACAUCAUCAUCGGCGACACAGGUGUGGGCAAAUCAUGCCUCCUACUGCAGUUCACGGACAAACGGUUCCAGCCGGUGCAUGAUCUCACAAUCGGAGUGGAGUUUGGUGCUCGGAUGAUCACCAUUGACGGCAAGCAGAUCAAACUUCAGAUAUGGGACACUGCUGGACAGGAGGCUUUCAGAUCAAUCACACGGUCGUACUACCGCGGCGCGGCGGGCGCGCUUCUAGUCUACGAUAUCACCAGGCGGGACACGUUUAACCACCUCACCACCUGGUUGGAAGACGCGCGCCAGCACUCCAACUCCAAUAUGGUGAUCAUGCUCAUUGGAAACAAAAGUGAUCUGGAAUCACGACGCGAAGUCAAGAAAGAGGAGGGCGAGGCCUUCGCCCGUGAGCAUGGCCUGGUCUUCAUGGAGACGUCCGCCAAGACCGCCGCCAACGUCGAGGAGGCGUUCAUCAACACCGCCAAAGAGAUCUACGAGAAGAUCCAGGAAGGCGUCUUCGAUAUCAACAAUGAGGCCAACGGCAUCAAGAUCGGGCCGCAGCACUCGGCGGCCGGCGGCGCGGCGGCGGGCGGCGCGGGCGCGGGCGGCGCGGCGGCCGGCGGCUGCUGUUAGGCCCUGCAAUGCACACACUGAAGGAGCGCCGCCUGAUGGGCUGAUGAGGGGUGCAGCUGUGUGCAACGAACAUUGGUACGAAAAAUGAAACUUAAUGUACGCCGGAUUAUUACAUUUAUUUUAUAUGCUGCAUAUAGUACGCGUCUUACAACUCACUACUUUAUCCUAAUGCCACUCGGGCAUGUACUAAAUAGAUAAUUAUCGUAUUCUAUUACGGAGUGAAAGUUUUGUAAUAAGAACUACUUCUAGAAAUUGACUUCAUGAAUUUCAUAACUAAGCGUCAUUACGGAGGUGCUAAAGUGAGUAUUGUAUCAAUAGGAGUAGAUUAUGCUCGAGUCAACAAUUUUCUAACGAUAUGUCAAAGGCAACGCCUACUUUAGUAAAUACGCAGUCACAUGACUUUUUUAUGAGAUGGCUUAUCAACUAAGAUGUAUCAUGUUUAUAAAUCCGCAUGUUUUUUUUAAAUAGGAAGGAAUUUCCUUCAUCUACUAAUCUAGGAUGGCGUAAGUUGUAUUUCAAUAGUAACUGUCUCUGAACAUUUUAUAAAAUACCUACAUAGUUUCGAUUUUCGAUCGAUAGUUAUAAAUUAAUGUGAUUUGGACCAUGUUACCGACAAUGAAAGAUAUCUUAAUUCAGAAUCGUAAAUAGUGUUGUUUAUAAACAGUAGAAAUAACGAAAUCAAUAGAUUUUUCUCAGUCGUAAAUAAUAAAUUACAUUAGAUUACUAUGGCACGACUAUGGCGACUACAUAGCGUAGUCGAACUUGUAAAUCAUCGCAAAAUGCUUUACGCAGUUUGUGUGUAAUGUAUGUUGGUGUAUAUUUUGUUUUGCAUAUUUAUUAAAGGUUUCACAAUAUUUUUAAUCUGGCAUUUAUAUAAAAGUACAUGAAUGUUGUGUAUUCAUAUAAUGUAGUCCAAUGUUUGUGUUAUAUUGGUUAACGCAAGAGAUGUGGUAAAUUGGCGUAAUCCUGCUGCGGUUUGAAUUUCGAUGUGAAUAGUUAAAUGUUUGACUUAUUAAAUAGUUUAUUUUAAUUCAUAUGGCUAGUCUGUUUUUGAGCAGGUUCAUCUAUUAGCUACAAUUAUAUUUUGCGUUAUAAAAGAUGCUUUUUCUUUUAUUUUAUAAAGUCUAUGCCCACAAUAUUCUUGUGUUGUAAAGCAGGUGUGUACCUGACAAGCUGCAAUGAGAUUUCAAUGGUAAUUUUAUGUGAUUGUUUUUAAAAAUUGUAAUAUUGAUUUAAAAUAUUCAUAUUUAUCAUAUUACAUCAUAUUCAGUAAGUUUUAUACAACAGUUGGAUUAAAUAGUUUAUAAUCAGUGAAAAAAUCUCCAGGCGUAAUUUUAAUGCUUCUUGGUGGUGGCCUAUUUUAUAAUAAUCUUGCACAAGAACAAAUUAAAUGACACAUUGAACAUCUCAUUAUAAACUCAAAGAAUGGAAAGGACUGCUUGCAAGAUAAUGAAAGACGUGAUUACAAAAUAGGUUAUUUUUAAGUUUAGCACAUUGUAAUGAUAUGAUAAAUAUUUUAUAAGGUUACAAUAUGCAAACACAUUUGUAAGUUGUAAUUCAUGAAAGUAAAUGUUGAAAAACCAAUAA